AUGUCGGCCGCCAUUCUCCCCCCCAGCAAGACCCAGUACCUCACCGUGCCCGAGACGGCAAAGGACAAGGCGUCGCUCAAGUCGUUCGACAAGGCAGAGGUGGCCAAGCACAACAAGGAGGGUGACCUGUGGAUCAUCGUCGACACGGCCGUCUACGAUGUGUCCAAGUUUGCCGACAUGCACCCGGGCGGCUCGCACGUCCUCCUCCAGGUCGCCGGCAAGGACGCCACCGAGGCCUUCUUCGGCAUGCACCGCUCCGAGGUCCUCACCAAGUACUCGCGCUACCUGAUCGGCACCAUCGCCGGCGACAAGCCCCAGAUCGUCCUCCCGACCAACGGCACCCUGUCGCCCGUCCCGUACGCCGAGCCGACCUGGCUCAGCGAGGGCUUCAAGUCGCCCUACUACCGUGACUCGCACCGCUCGCUCCAGAAGGCCAUGCGCGAGUUUGUCGACGCCGAGGUGCGCGAGGACGCCCAGAUGCACGAGAAGGACGGCAAGCGCCCGACGGUCGAGCUCGUCCAGAAGAUGGGCUCGCCCGACAUGAACCUCAACGCCAUGCGUCUCGGCCCGAGCAAGCUGCUCCACGGCAAGAAGCUGUUCGGCGGUGUCAAGCCCGAGGAGUUCGACUACUUCCACGAGAUGAUCAUCUCGCAGGAGCUCGUGCGCGCCGGCGCUCGUGGCUACGCCGACGGCCUCCAGGGCGGAAUGUGCAUCGGCCUGCCACCCGUCAUGAACUUUGGCUCGGACGAGCUCAAGCAGAAGGUCAUCCCCGACGUCCUCGCCGGCAAGAAGUUCAUCUCGCUCGCCAUCACCGAGGCGUUCGCGGGCUCGGACGUCGCCGGCCUGCGCACGACGGCCAAGAAGACGCCCGACGGCAAGCACUACAUCGUCAACGGCACCAAGAAGUGGAUCACCAACGGCAACUUCUCGGACUACUUCUCGGCGGCGGUCAACACGGGCAACGGCCUGUCGAUGCUCCUCAUCCCGCGCGGCGAGGGCGUCGAGACCAAGCUCAUCAAGACGUCGUACUCGACGACGGCCGGCACGGCCUACAUCACGUUCGACAACGUCAAGGUCCCCGUCGAGAACCUGCUCGGCAAGGAGGGCAAGGGUCUCUUCGUCGUCCUGUCCAACUUCAACCACGAGCGCUGGGCCAUGUGCUGCGGCUCGGUCGCCGGCUCGCGCCUCAUCGUCGAGGAGUGCAUGCGGUGGGCCCACCAGCGCAAGGUGUUCGGCAAGGCGCUCAUCAACCAGCCCGUCAUCCGCGCCAAGCUCGCCGCCAUGAUCUACAAGAUCGAGGGCCUCCAGGCGUACCUCGAGAACGUCACGUUCCAGAUGUGCCACAUGACGUACGCGCAGCAGGCCGACCUCCUCGCCGGCCCGAUCGGCCUCCUCAAGACGGCGUGCACGCGCGCGGCGGGCGAGAUUGCCGACGACGCCGUCCAGAUCUUUGGCGGCCGCGGCAUCACGCAGAACGGCAUGGGUGGCAUCAUCGAGAUGUUCCAGCGCACGCAGAAGUUUGACGCCAUCCUCGGCGGCGCAGAGGAGGUGCUCGCCGACCUCGGCGUCCGCCAGGCGAGCCGCAAGAUGCCCAAGGCCGUCCUCUGAGCGGGGCGUGCUCCUCUCCCUCUCCCUCGGCCUAAUUCGUCCUCCCCUCCCCUACUCGUAUUCCCCCCAUCCCCUCGUUAUGCCCUCUCCCUCGGGCGACGUCGCCGUCGUUGUCGUCGUCCCCUCGCCGCUUUUCCGUGUUGUCCCUUUUUUCUCUCGCCCUUCGCGCAGUACCCCCUCAUCUCCUCCUUCUCGACAUCGAGGCUCGCGAGCCUGAAACUCACUGCAGUGCCUUCACCGCG